CCACCUCACCAAAUCGUUCGGUCGAAACUGACCGAAACACGUCAAUUAUUUCCCUGUAGGAUCCUGCCACUUCUUGGAGUCACCUACUUGCUACAAUUGCUAGACAAAGUAUCCAUCGGAUAUGCAGCUCUCUUGAAUCUGCGAGCAGAUCUUGGCCUUGUUGGCGAUCAAUACUCUUGGGCAACAUCCGCCUUUUACUUUGGCUAUUUUGCGUGGUCUUUCCCAACGACAUGGCUUAUUGUUCGCCUUCCGAUCGGAAAAUAUUUAUCAUGUGUUGUUGUAUUGUGGGGAAUAAUCCUCAUUUGCCAUUCCGCGUGCACUAGUUUUGCAGGUUUCGUCGUUGCGAGGUUUUUCCUGGGUGUUCUAGAGGCAUCCAUUGCCCCGGGUUUCAGUUUUAUGACUGGCAUGUUUUAUAAGCGCGAAGAGCAAACUCUACGCCACGGUCUUUGGUACUUAGGAAACUCGGCUGCAGGGCUAUUCGGUGGCCUGCUCGCCUAUGGCAUUGGACAUAUCGAUGGAGCAUUAUACUCCUGGCAAUACAUGUUUAUUCUUUUCGGUUCUAUCACAGCUGCAUGGGGCUUGGUUCUUGUGAAGUAUUUGCCGGACGGGCCUGACAAAGCCAUCUUUCUCACGCCCGACCAACGAAUCCUCGCGGUUCAACGGACAAAGGAUACAAAACCGACAAAAACCAAGAAGGAAUUCAAAGUGUACCAAGUUUGGGAUGCCUUGACUGAUCCACAGGCAUGGUUGCUCUGCGCAAAUAUGUUUGGUUGUAUGCUCGUGAACUCAGGGUUCUCUUCUUUUCAAGGUAUCAUAAUCGCUGGAUUUGGCUACUCUGGGCUUAAGGCUCUAUUGUACCAGCUUCCUUCAUCCGCGACUCAAAUCGGCCUUGUCGCAAUAUGCUCGCUAUCUGGACACUAUAUCCACAAUUGCCGGACCAUUCUUCUCGCAAGUCUAAGCUUGAUCAGCAUUGUCGGAACACUGCUCUUAUAUUUGCUAGACGAUCAUCAUCGAUCUGUUAAGCUUUUUGGAAUCUCAAUUAUGGGUGCAUUCGCUGUCAUCAUCCCUAUCAGCAUGUCCAUGGUCGCAUCCAAUAUUGCGGGAAAUACGAAAAAGACGACCGUCGGCACGAUGCUUUUCCUAUCAUACUGUGCUGGGAAUAUCAUAAGCCCACAGCUCUUCUUGGCCUCCGAGGAACCUACCUAUCCGACCGGAAUAAAGUGCUGUUUGGCAGGACUUUCAUUAGGCUUUGCUAGUGCAUUAGCCCUGCGAUGUUAUUUGCAGUAUCGAAAUUCGCAGGCCGCAGAACCAGUAAUCACAGACGACAUCUCGCAAAGUGGCGAGCCGGAAGAGAAUACGGAAGACAAGACUGAUAGAGAACUAAAGGGCUUUAUCUAUAUCCUAUAA